AUGGGCUGCGGUGGCUCCAAAGAAGCGGUGGCCACCGGCAACUCCGGCAGCAGCAGAUGCAACCGAUUCAAGAGGAAAUCCAGCGUCGUCGACGCCACCCAGCCAUCGUCCCGUGUGCUUCAGCCAUCCGACAAUGCCUCCACCGCCGCUGCGAAGGCCAAUGGCGAGGUGAUCGCUGAGACGAAGGACAAGGCAGCCAGAUUGAAAGAGAAAGCCAUUGGGGAGAAGAAAGAGGAAGGGAUCAACAACAAGGCCGAACAGGUCGUGAAGGACAACAAAGAAGCCGUCACUGAGAAGGAGGGCAACGCGAUCUCGAAGGCGAAUGCCAUCGGGGAGGAGAAACAGGUCGAGAUCAAGAAGGAUGAAGCAGUCGUCACGGAUGCUAGAGAAGUGGUCACCGGUGAAAAGGGCAAAGAAGCAUUGAUCGAUAAGGCUGCCAAGGAGAAGAAAGAUGAGGUCGUCAAGGACAAAGCAGUGGUUGCCGAUCAGAAGGCUGACAUGUCAUCAAUUGAGGAUGUGAGUGUCAUCACCGAGGAGAAAGAAGAGGAUAUCAAGAAGGAUGCUGUGCUCAAAAUAUCGACUAAGGCAGCCGUCGAGAAGGAAAAUGGUGGUGAAAAUAUAGACAUGGCAAUCGAGGAGAAUGAUGACGCUGCGUCAACCAAGAACGGCAACGUUGAGGAUCCCAAGGAGGAUGACAGUGUCACGUUCCCGGUUGCCAUGGUGACAGAGGAGGAUGGCAGUGUCACCUUCGCAGUACCAGAUGACGCCGAGACCAAGGACGAUGAAAUGGUCACCUUCGCAAAACCAUUAGCCCCUGUGACCAAGGAUGGUCACAGUAUUCACUUUGUGGCUACCCCUGCGACCAAGGACGACGAUAGUGUUGCCUCUGCAGCUUCCCCGAUGACCAAGGACAACGAAAUUGUCAGCUUACCGGCAGCCCAAGAGGAGGAGGAGGAGGAGGAGGUAGAAGAGAAACCUGAGCCUUCUGAGGACAAUGAGGAGGUGGAAAAAGAGGCGGAGCUGGCAGAGUCUACUGUUUUUGAGGAUGAGGAGGCCAUGACCGAAGCUGAUGGUGCAACAGAAGCUGAAGAGGAGGCGGCAGGGCACUCUGAACUUUCUGAAGAUGAUGAGGUAAACAAUGAGGCAGACCUGCCAGAUCCUACUGCUGUUGAGCAGGUGCUAACCAAAGUUGUCGAGGAAUUGAAAGGGGAGGAGGAGAGGGAGAAGGUGGACACAGUAGGGGAGAACAAGGUUGAGCAGGAAGAGGAGUGUCUCCAAAGAGCCAGAGGAUGGGAAAUCCAUUACACCUUUGAGAGACGAGGACGCAUUAAGGUCAGAAGAUUUGACCAGGAUAUAAUGAAAGCUAACAUGGGCAAGCUGUGUUGCAGCCAGGAAGAUGAUGAGCCGCAGUUCAACCUUCUGGGCCUGCUCGUCACCAUCGUCCUCGCCUUGCUGCUGCUGAUGCUGUGCACACCUCCACGGCGCAGGCGCUGCGUCGCCUACUACCCUUGCUACUAG